AACGAUUUCUUCGUCCUGCAGAAGAGCAUGAAGGAGGACUCCCCGAACCCCACGCUCAAGGCGAUAGUCGCCCUUCUGAAGCUAGGGGACUGGGACCCGGACGUCUUCUACAAGUUUCGCGAGACCAUCCUCAAUCAAGUCCCCACCGCUGGCCAGAAGCUGCGGAACGACCUGUGCCGAGGCGUGCCCCGGGUGUGGGAGCACCACUACAUGCUCGAUCGGGACAAGGACAUCGCCUUCGAGAUCGGCAGAUUCUACUACGGAAUCCGGGAAUACGAACGGGCCUU